GAUCUUCCCCACAAUUCCAGAAGAUGUACAGCGGUGCGGCACGAGGCGUCAGCCAUAUUGAGGGCAGCCCAGCUCGUUCUCCUCGCCUGCCCCGAUCGCCCCGUCUGGGACACCGCAGGGUGACCGGGACCAGCUCGAGUGCCAAGACUCUGUCCAUGGAGAACAUCCAGUCUCUAAACGCCGCUUAUGCUACGUCAGGCCCCAUGUAUCUGAGUGAGCACGAGGUCGUUGGCUCCACCGCCACCUAUCCGAGAGGCACCAUGACGCUGGGACGCGGCGCCAGCCGGGCAGUCUACGGUGGACGCGUGACAGCCAUGGGUAGCAGUCCUAAUAUCGCAUCUGUGGGCCUGGGACCGCACGCCGACCUCCUCUCUUACGGCGAACUGGGCUCGCUGGGCUCGCUGGCCCUGCAGCAUCACCAGCAGGGGGCGCUUCAGGCACAGCUCCGGGACAUGCAGCGCGAGAACGAGAUCCUGCGCCGAGAGCUGGAGCUCAAGGAAAGCAAGCUGGGCUCCUCGGCAAACAGCAUCAAGAGCUUCUGGAGCCCUGAGCUGAAGAAGGAGCGCGGAAUGAGGAAGGAGGAGGCGGCGCGCACCUCUGUCCUGAAGGAGCAGAUGAGGGUGACGCACGAGGAGAAUCAGCACCUGAUGGACGCUCGCAGGACAAAGCAUCUCCAGAUGACCAUUCAGGCUCUUCAGGAUGAGCUGAGGACACAGCGUGACCUGAACCACCUCCUGCAGCAGGAGAGCAACUCCAGACCCGCCGGAGCGGAACACUUCACCACCAUCGAGCUGACCGAGGAGAACUUCCGCCGCCUUCAGGCCGAACACGACCGCCAGGCCAAGGAGCUCUUCCUGCUGAGGAAGACGCUGGAGGAGAUGGAGCUGAGGAUUGAGACGCAGAAGCAGACGCUGGGCGCCCGGGACGAGUCCAUCAAGAAGCUGCUGGAGAUGCUGCAGAGCAAAGGGCUCCCUCCGGUGACCGGUCGAGCCUCGGAGGAGGAGGAGCAGGACAGGGCGAGACGAAUUGCAGAGGCUGAGGCUCAGCUCGGCCACCUCGAGGUUAUACUGGACCAGAAGGAGAAAGAGAACCUUCACCUGAGAGAGGAGCUUCACCGAAGAAACCAGCUGCACCAGGACCCGAGCAAAACCAAAGCCCUGCAAACCAUCAUAGAGAUGAAGGACACGAAGAUCGCGUCUCUGGAGCGGAACAUCCGAGACCUGGAGGACGAGAUUCAGAUGCUGAAGGCCAACGGCCUGCUGAGCACCGAGGACCGCGAGGAGGAGAUCAAACAGAUGGAGGUGUACAAGAACCACUCCAAAUUCAUGAAGAGCAAGAUUGAUCAGUUGAAGCAGGAGCUGUCCAAGAAGGAGUCCGAGCUUCUGGCUCUGCAGACGAAGCUCGAGACUCUGAACAAUCAGAACUCAGACUGCAAGCAGCACAUUGAGGUUCUCAAAGAGUCUCUGACAGCCAAAGAGCAGCGAGCUGCUAUCCUGCAGACUGAGGUGGAUGCCCUGCGGCUGCGUCUCGAGGAGAAGGAGUCCUUCCUCAAUAAGAAGAGCAAGCAGCUGCAGGACCUGACCGAGGAGAAAGGCACACUCGCUGGAGAGAUCCGCGACAUGAAGGACAUGCUGGAGGUCAAAGAGCGCAAGAUAAAUGUGCUGCAGAAGAAGAUUGAGAACCUGCAGGAGCAGCUGCGAGAUAAAGAUAAACAGCUGGGGAACCUGAAGGACCGAGUGAAGUCUCUGCAGACCGAUUCGACCAACACGGACACGGCCCUCGCCACACUGGAGGAGGCUCUGUCUGAGAAGGAGCGAAUCAUCGAGCGUCUGAAGGAGCAGAGAGAGCGGGAGGACCGGGAGCGCAUGGAGGAGCUCGACUCGUACAAGAAAGAGAACAAAGACCUGAAGGAGAAGGUCAGCAAUCUGCAGGUGGAACUCACAGAGAAAGAGUCGAGUUUAAUAGAUCUGAAAGAACACGCCUCUUCUUUGGCCUCAUCCGGCCUGAAGAAAGACUCCAAGCUGAAAUCUUUGGAGAUCGCCAUCGAGCAGAAGAAGGAGGAGUGCAGUAAGCUGGAGACGCAGCUGCAGAAGAAAGCCCACGAGGUGGAGGUCCAGCAGGGUUCUCGAGGAAACCCGGACUACAUGGAGCGAGUAAAGCUCCUCGAGAAGGAGGUGGCCUUCUACAAGGAGGAGUCGGGGAAAUCACAGACGGAGGUCGAGAGGCUGCUGGAUAUCCUCCGUGACGUGGAGACGGAGAAGAAUGACAAGGACAAGAAGAUUGCCGAGCUGGAGAGCCCACCUGUGUCCUCGCCCCUUUUGUCCCUUGCCUCUAUGCCCCGCCCUGGGGGCAGAGCCCCUGCUGACUCCGCCCCCUCAGUGUCCGCUGCCCCCCAGCAGAUUGGGGGCAUGGUGUGGGACUUCCUGGGAAAUCUUGCACCAAGGCAAAGCAAAGACCAGAACAAAAAGGGUCCUGGCAUGAAGCUUGGCCAGCAAGUAGAGAAAAAGGGCAGCAGCAUCCUGCCAGACCCUCGCAAGGACAACCCCAUGGACAGCGCCAAGAUUGAGGAGUUGAUGACGGUGCUGGAAAAGACGAGGCAGGAGCUCGACUCCACUAAGCAGCGCUUGUCCUCGACCCAGCAGUCUUUGGCCGAGAGGGACGGCCACCUGACCAACCUUCGGCAGGAGCGACGCAAACAGCUGGAGGAAAUUCUGGAGAUGAAGCAGCAAGCCCUGCUGGCUGCCAUCAGUGAGAAGGAUGCCAACAUCGCCCUACUGGAGCUUUCCUCUUCUAAUAAGAAGAAAACCCAGGAGGAGGUGAUGUCAUUAAAGCGUGAGAAGGAUAGACUAAUGCAGCAACUCAAGCAGCAGACCCAGAGCAGAAUGAAAUUAAUGGCAGACAGCUAUGAAGAUGACCACUACCACCCUCAUGGUCCCCCUCACCACCUCCAACAGGGGCCACAGCACCCACACCCCCACCCACAGGCUGCACCUCCUGCCCAGGGCCAGCCUCUGUACCCACAUGCCCCUCUUCCUCAACAGCAACCCCUCUACCCACACACCCUUCAUCCCCAACAUCCUCAGCCCCUACCGUCUCACCCUCAUCCUCAACAGACACCUCAUCCGCCGUACCCCCAGCACCCCCAGCCACCUGGCCCCCACCAACACCCACCCAGGCCCCAACAGCCACACCAACAGCACCCACAUGCCCAACAGCCACACCAACAGCACCCACAUGCCCAACAGCCACACCAACAGCACCCCCAUGCUGGUCCACCUCCUCAGCAGCACCAACAGCACCCUCAACACGGGCCACCACCGCAGCAGGGCCCCCAUCCCCAACACCCCCAACACCCCCAACAUCCUCAACACUCUCAACACCCUCAACACCCCCACCACCCUCCUCAUGCCGCUCCUCACGGGCCGCAACCACGACAUCCAGCCCCGCACCACCGUGCCCCCACCCGUGGCCCACCCCACGCAGGACACAGACCCACUCCAGAUCCGGAUGACGAGGAGGGCAUUUGGGCAUAACCAUUUCCAAACCAAAGCUGUGUUGAUCUUUUAUAGGUUGGAGGUGCAUAGCCAUGUCAUACAGAUGAAACGAUUCAUUAUCCACUUGGCCGGACUCAAUCUCCUAUCAGACCGAUGCUUCAGCAGGGGGCCUUCACACUGAGGAAGAGGAGCAGGAGGGGUGUGAGUGUGUGAGGCCAGAGUGCAGACUCACACCCGAGCAGAUGAGAGAAGAGAUCAGGAUGGAGAGAUACGCAGGCCUGGAUGUUGGAGACACACAUGCAGCUGUUGCCUGAUGGAAUACC